CAACACCCAGAGGGAUGAGGGGCUUGGGAUGAGCCUGGCUUUGGAGAGGGAGACCUCCUGCUGCAGCCAGCCCUCACUGCUCUCCACGAGCCGGUGGGGGGGUCCCUGCGUGGAGUGCUCAGGGGAUGGUGAGGGCAAGUGGCCACCUCCCCUUCCACAGCGAGCCAGGACAGCCCAGUGACAGCCAGGACACAGACACAGCAUGGUCACCUCCUCAAACCCCACCACCAUGGAAAUCCCCCCCAGGAGCCCUGAUGGGAGCGAGAGGUCUCCUCCCUCCAGGGAGCUCAUCACCAGUCGCACAGGGAGCACCCUCUGCAUGAGCUCCCGCAGCGAGUCCAUCUGGACCAGCACCUCCAGGAGCAAGUGGGAGAUCUACCACAAGCCUGUGAUCGUGGUGUCUGUUGGAGCUGCCAUCUUCCUUUUCGGGACAGUCAUCAUCAUCCUGUCCUGCUUCCUGAAGGUUGACAAAAAUGUUUUUAAAAUGUCUGGCCCGGCUUUCCUGUCCCUGGGGCUGAUGCUGCUUGUUUGUGGCCUUGUGUGGAUCCCCAUCAUCAGGAAGAAGCAGAAGCAGAGACAGAAGUCACAGUUUCUACAGAGCCUCAAGUCCUUCUUCUUUAACCGCUGAGAGCAGCUCAGGACCUUCCCAGGAAGGUUCCCCUCCCCUCUACCAAGCUAUGCUGAUUAGCCAUAAAAAGAAACAUGUUCUUGUACUCUCCUAGAGGAUUUCAUCCCAGCAAGUCUCUUCCCUGCAUGGUUUCCAGUGUCAAAAUGAACUUUGUAUUUCAUCCAAGUAAUGCCAGAAAAAGAGGGAGCAGGAUUUUCAAGCUAAGCCCAGCAAGGCAGUUCCAAACUCUCUGUGUCGUUGGGUCAGUGAGUGACCCAACAGCACAUGGUGGGGAAAGCAAAACUCCCAAGUAACCUGGGCUAAAGCAAAGCUCCAAAGUUACCUGGGCUAAAGCAAAGCUCCAAAGUUACCUGGCUCCCCCCCGGAGCUUCUGCAAGAUGCAUCAGCAGAGA